AUGCCCAACUUCGCCGGGACCUGGAAGAUGAAGAGCAGCGAGAAUUUCGACGAGCUGCUCAAAGUGCUGGGGGUCAACGCCAUGCUCCGGAAGGUGGCCGUGGCGGCCGCCUCGAAGCCGCACGUGGAGAUCCGCCAAGACGGAGACCAGUUCUACAUUAAGACCUCCACCACGGUGCGCACCACUGAGAUCAACUUCAAAGUUGGGGAGAGCUUUGAGGAGGAAACCGUGGAUGGCCGGAAAUGCCGGAGUUUAGCCACUUGGGAGAAUGAAAACAAGAUCCACUGCAAGCAAACUCUUCUGGAAGGUGAGGGACCCAAAACAUACUGGACAAGAGAACUGGCUGGAGACGAGCUGAUUUUGACCUUUGGUGCCGACGACGUUGUAUGCACAAGAAUUUACAUAAGAGAAUGAGAAAUACCAGCCAGCACUGCACGGGUGGGGGAUGAAGGGGUGGAUUAACAAGCAGAUGUUGUGAAAAAGG